AGGGACAUGAGGUCAAGUCUACAGAGUAGAGUACCUACCUUAAAUUCUAUUCUAGUUUGACAAACAGCGAAGCUCCAAUCAUUACCAUCUCAUCCCACCCCCAGUCCCAUCAGACCAAGCCUUGCAAGGCAACACCAGCCAUUUCCUGCAGAAGCCACCUCCACGAUUCUUGUUCAGGCUUCAAUCAUCGAGGAGCCCGACUCUGAGCACCGCCAAUUAUUGACGACUCUUGCGCGGAUCAGCUGAUCCUCCUUAAUUCACCCACAGCCAAGGAGGUUUCCUGCUCGAACUCGACCAGAACGCGAAAGACUCUCGCAUCACUCCGUCUCCAAGUAUUGAGCUGCGCGUCGUCCUAUCGCGGGAUAUUGAAGGAACAUAUUUGGCGCUUUUCAACACCCCGGGAGCGCUCGGCAGUUGCUCAGCGUCGUAGACGGCCCCCCAGUUGCAGACGCGAUCGAAUCUGCACGACACAGCGAAUGCCGACCGUGUAGUUGCCUGUCGGCAAUCUCCGAAGACAAGGGCCGCCCGAGUCCUCCGAGUCAUCGCUCGUUAUGUCGACAUCUUCUGAAACACCCCCCGACACCAUCAUGGUUUCGGAGCCGCGUACCGAUAAGCUCGCAGACAGCGACCACAUCACGAUUGAGACUCCCGCGGGGGGGAACUCGAGUGUGCCCAAGCCAAAACGCCUGGCAUGCAUGAUAUGCAGGAAGCGGAAAUUGAAGUGCGAUGGCAUCAAACCAAGCUGCAGCACAUGUUCGCGCCUGGGCCACAACUGUGCCUACGAUGAGGUCAGGAGGAAGAGCGGACCAAAGAGAGGCUACGUGAAGGCAUUAGAGGAACGAUUAAAGCAAGUCGAGACGCUGCUAAAGACACAGGAGAUCUCAUCCGGUACAGAUAGCUCCAAGGGAAUGCCUAUAUCACUCGACGGAACCGCAAAACCGCCUUUGAAUCAGCACGCUGCUGCCACGGCCAAUUUCAAUGUCACAGACCCCCCCAUUGGCAUCGCCAGCGGACGCGACAUGGAUCGCUGGCACUUCAACGCCGCUGAUUCACCCAACAAUCCGCCCCUCGAGGACUUCAAUUUUAACGGGGGCAUGGGCAUGGGCAUGGGCGGAGUUGACAACAACUUCACGUGGGAGAUGAUUGGCUUAGGUCUGGAGGAGCCGCUGCCACCCCAGGAGACGAUUGACGAGCUGCAUCAGAUCUACUUUGAAAAGAUUCAUCCCUCGUUGCCCAUGAUUCACAAAUACCGGUACCUAGCCGCUAUGAAUCUCGCUCCCGCCCAACGGCCACCUGUCUGCCUGCGGUAUGCCAUGUGGACUCUGGCCUGCUCUGUGUCGGACAAGUUCCAGACCUUGAAGGACCUCUUUUACGCACGCUCCAGGAAAUACCUCGAGUCAGAUUACAUCAAGGGCUACGGCGAACACAUGAUCUCCGUUGCCCACGCCCAAACACACGUAUUACUCGCCUCAUACGAGUUCAAGUGGAUGUACUUUCCCAGAGCUUGGAUGAGUACGGGUUCGGGCGUGCGGUUGUGUCAGAUGAUCGGACUCCACCGCCUUGACGGCUCCGGCUUGGAAGUCAAACAGUGCCUGCCGCCGCCAAGAGACUGGACCGAAAGGGAGGAGCGCAGAAGAACCUUUUGGAUGGCAUUCUGCUUGGACCGCUUCGCUAGCAUUGGCACCGGGUGGCCCACGAUGAUCGACGAGAAGGACAUCCUGACAAAUCUUCCAGCAUCUGACGAAGCCUUCGAACUCAGCCGUCCCGAACAGACACCCGGGCUCCAGGACGCCAUGGGACCUGCAGGCGCAGGAAAGCUUUCACCUUUUGCUGGAGUCGCCCUAAUGGCCUGCCUCUUCGGUCGGAAUCUCGUCCAUUUGCACCGCCCAGACGCCGACGACAGGGAUCACGACCUGAAUGGCGAGUUCUGGAAGCGCCACCGGCAAAUGGACAACAUUCUCCUCAAUACCUCGCUUUGCCUCCCGUCGAGUUUAAAGUUGCCAAAUGGGCUCGGCAACGCCAACGUGGUGUUUACCAACAUGUGCAUACACACGUCUACUAUCUGCCUCCACCAAGCGGCCAUCUUCAAGGCCGACAAGAAUAGGCUGCCGGCUUCGGUGAGCUCAGAAAGCAAAGUGCGGUGUCUCACCGCGGCGAAGGAGAUUGCGAGCAUUAUGAGGAUGAUUUCGCAUCUCGACCUCUCUGCGAUGAACCCUUUCAUUUCAUUCUGUCUCUACGUGUCCGCUCGGGUAUUUGUGCAAUACUUGAAAAGCAGGCCGGAUGAUAGCCAAGCCGCCGAUUCCCUGCGCUUCCUCCUGUCGGCCAUGAAUGCACUAAAGAGGCGGAACCCGCUGACCGAGUCCUUCCUCGUCCAGCUCGACGUGGACCUCGAGGCGCUCGGCGCGCGGAUUCCGAAGCUGAAAAGCGCAUUCCCUCGAAGCUGUGAUAGCCCUGGCUCCCCGGCCCGUCUCCAUCCAACCCUCCAGAAGCAGGCUCGCGCGCACGCCAUGGGUGCAGAGAGACAAGGCUACAUGUCGUUUUCCAACCAGAGCAACUACAUGAAGGUUUCUGGCGAUGACGGAAACCCGGUUACCGCGCCCGAGAUCCUCGACAUCGACCCCAAUCCCGUUGCCGCCAAUUUCUCUCCCACGGAGCAGCACACCGCCCUCCCGAGCCGUGAACGCAGCCACACGGGUCCCUAUCUGCCUGCCCGCGGCCUCGUUCCGCCUGCGUUCUCCGCCUACGGAGCUCCCCGGGACAUGGAUUCGGGCAGCAACAAUGAUCUCUCCGGCCCGUCGCCGGACGGCCAAUCCAGCGGCCGCACCCCGAACUCGAGUACAACGGGGACCUCGGACCCGCAGCGCCAGAACCUCGCGGCGCCGGCCGCGAACGGACACGUCAACGGCGGAUCCGGACAGAAUUCGUUUGACACCAGCCCUGCCAUGUCCCAUCAGAACCUCGGCAGCAUGCCGGGCACGACGCAGAACGACGUCGAGAGGGGCGUUAGCGCCUUCUUCGGCACGGACCCUUCGUCGUACGGGAUGCCGGCCAGCGUCUCGACGGGCCUGACGACGCCAGACCAACGGUUUGGCAUGUCCGGGGCAGGGGACACGCCGGGCGCGGGCGCGACACCGAGCGGGGCGGUUCCCGGCGGCGGUAGCGGCAGCGGGCCGGCCGAGUUUACCGGGCACACGCCGGCAUGGGCCGACAUGACUGGACAGCACGGGAUGACGCCGGCUACGGAUGGCAUGCUCAGGUCGAUCAUGGCUAUCGGGCCUAUGGACGGGAUCGAGAUGGGCUGGGAGACGAAUGGGUAAAGCUGGGCUUUGAAGCUGGUGUGCUUUGGGGAGUUUUUUUUUGGGGGGGGGAAGGGUAUGGAGGGGAUACCAGGUUGGUCGAUCGGUUGGGUUCUUUCGGUGUGACGUUUUGCAAACGAUACCUCCUAUGAUGGAUGUGGCGCUCGUCCGUUUGACCUGCGGGAUAUGUGGG